UCCACAUCAAACGCAUUCGAUCAGCUCAGCAGCGAACAGCUCAAACAAGUUCGAUAAAAACGACUCACGUUUUUACAUUCAAACUCGAAGAACGAGAAGUAAACAAGUUUGCGAUAAAGCGCAACGUGAUAAGUGAUCAAAACGCGAAGUUUACCUUGUGAUAACAAACAACAAACAAACUCCAACAUGUAUUCGUACGCCGUGAACAACAACAACGCCGCCACCGCCAACCUGGCCGCCUGCAGCAACAACAGCAUCAACGAGAACCGCUACAACAGUGAGAAGUUGGCCAAAUCUUCCGCCGUCUACCGGUUGAAGAAGAUCCUGAAGCCACUGGUGACCCUGCUCAAGAGCAAAAGCCACAAGACCCAGUCAGUGAAGUCGAGCAACAGUGACUACGUCGAUCAGCGCCGCUCCAUCAUCAGCUACAUCGAUGACUUCGACUGUGACUACGACAACUCAGCCAACGAGCGUCUGGAAGCGGAACUGGUUGCCGAACUCGAACAGUGCCACGCCACCGAUGCAGCGAUCCUUGUGCUGGAGGAUCAGCAGCUCCGCCUGCAGCCAGUAGUCCCCGAGGAACUGUACGUUCCGGUACACUUUGCCCGCACCGAAGCCGGCACCUUCUUCUGGACGGCAAUGCCGGCCCGCGAAGUUGACGAGGACCUGAUUCAACCGGCACACUGCUACAGCGAGGAGCAGCAGUACGCCCAGCAAGCUUACGCCGACCGUUGGGCUCAGGCUUAA